GAAAGAAAGCAUAUUGAUGUUAAAUGUCUUUCUUUUUUCCUCUUGAUUAUUAUAUGUAACUCUCAUAUGUUCCUACGUCUAAAUUAGUCCUUAAUCAUUUUCUUUCUGUAAUUCGUUUCUUUGUCGUUAUUCGGAUUGCUCCUUCAAUACCCUUGUUUAUGUAUUGAGUGUGCUGUCUAUUCACAUUGAAUUGCACUUAGCUCUAUAACAUAGCUUGUCUCACAUCCCAAUUUGUUUUUUGGAGUGUGAUUUGUGUGUGCUCAAUUGUGAGGGUGAGUUUGUAAGGGAGUGACACAUUGAUUCGAGUGUUGAGUGCUAAACACGAGUGAACUACAUUUACGAGUGAAUACACGUGAGGGAGCGCUUGUGAGGUCCUUUUUUUUUCUUUUACCUUUCUUUUGUAGCAUGGAAAAUCCAGACGACAAUACUAACAUUACUGAUGCACGAUUGAGAGAAGCACAACAACGAACCAUGGAAAGACUAAUUCGAGGAAUAGAAGAGUUGACUGAUCGAAUAGGAAGAUUGGAGAUUCAAAAUCAAGCACGACAGAGGAUUCCACAACCUACGCCCUCAACCGAUACAUAUGAGGGCGACAAUUCUGAUCACCACGAGGAUAAUCCACAUGCGGUUGGUCAUGGCUUGAUGCGAGGGCGAGACCAUGGAAGAAGGUAUCAUAAUUUACAACAACGAGUUCCUUAUGAUGAUAGAAUUGAUCGUAACGUGGGGAGCAUCAAAUUAAAACUUCCCAAGUUUUAUGGCAAAACCGAUCCAGAGGAGUACCUUCAAUGGGAGAAAACGGUGGAGUCGGUGUUCAACUGUCAUAAUUUUAGUGAUAAAAAGAAGGUACUGUUAUGCAUUGCUCAAUUCAAACAAUAUGCUCAAAUUUGGUGGGAUAAAUUGAUGUCAAGUAGGAGAAGAAACCUUGAAGCACCAAUUGAUUCAUGGUACGAGUUCAAAGAGUCCAUGAGGAAGCGUUUUGUUCCACAAUAUUUUCAACGGGACAUGGCGCAAAAGCUUCAAGCAUUGAAACAAGGACGCAAGUCUGUGGAAGAUUAUUACAAGGAGAUGGAUACAUUGAUGGAUCGACUUGAUCUCGAUGAGGACAUGGAGGCUCUCAUGGCGCGGUUUCUUAAUGGGUUAAACACAGAGAUUGCAGACAAGACUGAUUUACAGCCUUAUUCUAAUAUUGAGGAGUUGUUGCACAUUGCAAUUAAGAUCGAGAGGCAAAUCCAAAGAAGAUCUCAACGGUAUUCUUCUAAAACUUUUCCCAAUUCUACUUCUACAUGGAAAAAGGAUAGUAAGAACAUUGAUUAUAAGCAUAGAAAUCCAGAGAUUAAUGAGAAGCCUCAAGCUAAAUUUGAGAAAGGGGAGAGUUCUAGAACAGGGAAAGAAAAAGUAGAAAAGUCUAAUGUUCGAAAUAGGGAUUUAAAGUGUUGGAGAUGUCAAGGGGUAGGACACUAUAGUAGAGAUUGCCCGAAUGCAAGAAUUAUGACCAUCAAGGAGGGAGAAAUUGUUACGGAUGACGAGGCACAUGACGACAUAAAUGAGGAAACUGAUGAGAGUGAGGAGUUUAGCGAAGAGGACCCUACACAUAUAUCUUUGGUUACUCGACGAGCUCUAAACACCCACAUUAAGGAGGACGGCCUAGACCAAAGAGAGAACUUGUUUCAAACUCGUUGUCUUGUUCAAUCUGUACCUUGUAGUGUUGUCAUUGAUAGCGGUAGUUGCACCAAUGUUGUGAGUUCCAUUCUGGUCAAAAGACUUAAUUUGAAGACACAACCACAUCCAAGACCCUACAAGCUUCAAUGGUUGAAUGAUUGUGGGGAAGUACGGGUAACUCAACAAACUCUUGUUUCAUUUACUAUUGGAAAAUAUGUUGAUGAUGUUUUAUGUGAUGUUGUAUCCAUGCAUGUUGGAGAUUUACUACUGGGGAGGCCAUGGCAAUUUGAUCGUCGGGUAAUGUAUGAUGGGUAUGCAAAUCGAUACUCUUUUACUCACAAUGGUAGAAAAACUACUCUUGUUCCAUUGUCUCCAAAAGAUGUAUUUAUUGAUCAUUGCAAACUUGAAAAGAAAAGGCAAGAGGCUGAUGCAAAAGCAGAGAUUGAAAAAGAAUCAAGUGAAAAAAUGAGCUUGAGUGAAAAGCAAGAGAGUAACACUCAGCCUAGAGAAAAAAAAGAGAGAAAAGCCAAAUCAGUAAGCUUGUAUGUUAGAUCAAGUGAGGCUAGGAAUGUUUUGCUCUCUAACCAGACUAUUCUUGUACUUAUGUGCAAGGGGUCUUGUUACUUUACUAACAUGCUUAACCCUUCUUUGCCUAGUGAUUUUGUUGUGCUUUUGCAAGAGUUUGAAGAUUUAUUUUCUGAGGAGAUGCCUAGUAGUUUGCCACCACUUAGAGGGAUUGAACACAAGAUUGACUUCAUUCCUGGCGCGCCCAUUCCAAACCGACCAGCAUAUAGGACUAAUCCAAAGGAGGCUGAAGAGAUACAAAGGCAAGUAAGUGAACUCCUUGCUAAAGGGUAUGUACGUGAAAGUUUGAGUCCUUGUUCUGUUCCAGUUAUUCUUGUACCUAAGAAAGAUGGUUCUUGGCGUAUGUGUGUUGAUUGUAGGGCUAUAAACAAGAUAACUAUAAAGUAUAGGCAUCCAAUUCCUAGAUUAGAUGAUAUGCUUGAUGAAUUGCAUGGAUGUAGUCUUUUUACUAAGAUUGAUUUAAAAUCGAGUUAUCAUCAAAUUCGCAUGCAUAUUGGGGAUGAGUGGAAAACAGCUUUUAAAACCAAGUAUGGUCUUUAUGAAUGGUUGGUUAUGCCUUUUGGAUUAACUAAUGCACCUAGUACAUUCACGAGACUAAUGAACCAUGUCUUACGAGAAUACUUACCUAGCUAAAUUCAAGAGUUUGCUAUUCAUACGAACCAUGAAAGUUUGAAGCACCUCAAAAGCCAAACAAAGCUAAAUAGGAGACAUGCUAAAUGGGUGGAAUUCAUUGAGAUGGUUCCUUAUGUAAUCCAUUACAAAAAGGGGAAGGAUAAUGUGGUCGCAGAUGCAUUAUCAAGAAGGUAUGCUUUAUUUUCUUCCCUUACUGCAAAAAUUCUUGGUUUUAAACACAUGAUUGAAUUGUACAAAGUUGAAAAAUCUGAAUUUUAUGAUGUGUAUAUGCAAUGUUUAGAAGGGAAACAUGUGCAAGAUCAUAUGGUGUUCGAUGAUAUGCUUUUUAGGAAGGGUAAACUUUGUAUCCCUAGAUGUUCUAUUCGAGAGUUACUUGUGAAGGAGGCUCAUGGGGGAGGACUUAUGGGACAUUUUGGAGAAUUUAAAACAUAUAGCAUGUUGUGUGAACAUUUUUAUUGGUUGAAAAUGAGGAAAGAUGUGAACAAAGUAUGCAAGCAAUGUUUUAAAUGUAAGGAGGCUAAGUCUAAGACACAACCACAUGGUCUUUACACACCUUUAGAUGUUCCUAGUGAACCAUGGGUUGACAUUAGCAUGGAUUUUGUUCUAGGAUUACCAAAGACUAGAAGACACCAUGAUAGCAUUUUUGUGGUGGUUGAUAGGUUUAGUAAGAUGGCACAUUUCAUUCCAUGUAACAAAACAGAUGAUGCUACCAAUAUAGCUAAUCUAUUCUUUAAGGAAGUGGUUAGAUUGCAUGGUAUUCCCAAAACCAUUGGUAGUGACAGGGAUGUAAAAUUUUUAAGCCAUUUUUGGAAGGUUUUGUGGGGAAUGUUGGGAACUAAGCUUCUAUUUUCUACAACAUGUCACCCUCAAACCGAUGGACAAACUGAGGUCGUUAAUAGAACAUUAGGAGUCUUACUUAGGUCACUAAUUUCUAAAAAUCUUAAGUCUUGGGAAAAGACUCUACCUUUUGUGGAAUUUGCAUACAAUAGAGCAAUACAUAGCACCACUCAAUGUUCACCGUUUCAGGUUGUGUAUGGAUUUAAUCCUUGA